AUGCCAUCCGCAUUUGAUCUAAUUGAUUCAGGCGGUGGCAGCGGUAGUGGUGCGCAGACCGACGAUGCGAAAUAUGGUUCGUCACCAACAUCAUCAUCGUCAUCAUCGGUUGGCGGUGGUCCAUUUAAUACAUCAAUAAGUUCUCGUGGUGGUGCCAUAACUGAUCCAUCAUUUCCCUAUUUUCCACCUCCAUUUAAUCCAGCUUUUGCUGCUCAAUUCGAUGUACAUGCAGCAGCCAGUGCCAUUGAACAUUAUCCAACAUUUAGUUAUGGUACACCAAAUGGUUCGUCAACAUCAUCAUCUCCUUAUGGAACUGCUACAUCAAUUCAUCAUCAACAUGCAAGUCCAAGCAGUAAUACAUUUAAUACAUCACCUUAUGAUCCAUAUGCAUCUGCUUAUGCAGCAACAGCCGUUGCUGCACGUCAUCAUCAUUCGAUUCUUGAUGCUCAUCAUCAUCAUCACCAUGCAGCCGAACUCUAUUCUCGUCAUUCGCAACAUCAUCAGACAUCGGCCACUUCGCUUGUUGAUCAUACAGCUCGUAUUCUAAAUGGAGCAGUUUCAACGGGUAAUGCCGGCGGAGACGAUUUACAAAUGGGUGAAUCACCUUAUCAGAGAUCAUCGGCCAGUAGAGAAGGCCGACGUUCAGAUCCAACUAGAGAUUCAAAUUCAUUUUCGUCUAUGUGUUCUGGUAAUGGUAAUAGCAGUAGUGGUUCUCUGUCACCAACAGAUUAUUUUUGUUCAGUACCUGGCCGAUUAGCACUUCUUAGUUCAACAUCAAAAUAUAAAGUAACUAUUGGUGAAGUUCAACGACGACUUGGUGGACCAGAAUGUCUUAAUGCAUCAUUACUUGGUGGUGUUUUAAGACGGGCUAAAUCGAAAAAUGGUGGUCGAGAUCUUCGAAAUAAAUUAGAAAAGAUCGGUGUUAAUCUACCAGCUGGUCGUCGUAAAGCAGCAACAACGACAUUACUUACAUCUCUUGUUGAAGGAGAAGCAAAUCAAUUGGCGCUUGAUUUUCGUACUGUAUGUGAAAAUGAUUUUCCAGCUAAAGUUACUGCUGAUUAUGUUGCAAGACAUCAUUCAGAUCCAAAUGAAAUAAGUACACGAAGAAAUAUGGUUUUAGCUGCUAAACAAUUGGCAAAAGAAUUCAGUGAUUUACUUAAACAAGAUCGAUCACCUGUAAAUGUUGCAUCAUCAACAAAUUCAACGAAUGGUGUAUCUCAUUCUCGACAUACAUCUGGUUCAUCAUCGACAUCUUCAUCAUUAAUUGCUCAUCGUCAACUACACAGUAUUCCUGGUACCCUUGAUCCACAUGUUCAAGAUUCACUAACAAAUUUUUCUCUUAUAACACAUGGUUUCGGCGCGCCAGCUCUAUCUGCUGCUGUCGAUGUCUUUCAACAAUAUUUAUCUGAAAUGCUUAAAUAUUAUGAAAAAAAUUAUCCCAUGUUUAUUGCAACAACAUCUACAUCAUCAUCAUCUAUAAAGAAUGGAGGUGGAGGCAUCGAUUAA